CCCGCCCGGCCGGGGCCGUGCGCCCCACCCGCCGCCAGGGGCCGCUGCCGGCCCCGCUGCCCGGCCCGCUCCGCCCCGCACGCAGCUCGCGGACCCUGCCAGCGAGGCCGCGGCUCCCGGCUGCGCUCGCUCUGCUCCGCCCGGCAGCGGGGCCGGCCCGUGGCGAGGAGGCGCCGGGACUCUGCCCAGCCCGCAGCGGCAGCGGAGCUCGGGCUCGGCCGGGCCGGGCCGGGCCCCGUUGGGAUCCAGCCGCGCGGCUCGUCCCCUGAGCGGGGCGGCGGGCGAGUCUCGUCGUGACUCCCCCGGGUCCCUGCGGAGCAGCCGCCCCCAGCCCGGCCCGCCGGCGGCAGAGCUCCGCGGGCCCCGAGCGCCGCCCCCGGCGGGCGGGCGGGGAAACGCUCAUGUCCGCCCCCGGGCCGCGGUGAGGGGCGAGCUCCGGCGGCGCCUGGGCCGGGAACAAAGGGCCAUGGCCGAGCGGGCCGCUGCCCAGGAUCAGGAGUGGGACAUGGAACCCCAGCAAUGGUCACCUUUCCAACCCUCUGCUAUUCCUCAACUAACUUCUGCUAAAGAGACAAAGCCAAACUCUGCAGAGAUUUCGCUUUGGACUGUUCUAGCUGCAAUUCAAGCGGUGGAAAAGAAGGUUGAUUCUCAUGCCACGCGGUUACUGAACCUGGAGCGUAGAACAGUGACAACAGAAAAGAAAUAUUUUGACUGUGAGAAAACAGUAGUGGAUUUUGGUAAUCAAAUGGAGAGUAAGUGGGCUGCGCUGGGAACUCUGAUCCAGGAGUAUGGGCUGCUGCAGAGGAGGCUGGAGAACAUGGAGAACCUGCUGAAGAACAGGAACUUCUGGAUCCUGAGGCUCCCCCCAGGCACUAAGGGGGAAGUUCCCAAGGUCCCAUUGGCAUUUGAAAAUGAUGCCGUUUACUUCUCUGAGCAAGAAUGGCAGAACUUAGAGGAAUGGCAGAAAGAGCUCUACAAGAACGUGAUGAAGGGGAACUAUGAAUCUCUGAUCUCGCUGGACUAUGCACUCUCCAAACCUGACCUUCUGGCGCGGAUUGAACGAGGGGAAGCGCCCUGCGAGGGGGAGAAGGGAGAUGCAGAGGAGAGAGGAAUCCCUGCAGAGCCCAGCACAGAAUUGCUGGUGUAUACGCUUGACGCGACCUGCCAGAGUGAAGGCGAGGAAGAGCCCUGCAUCAAGGGACAGGAGAACUUGGAGGAAAGCGAGAUCCCGGCUGAACCCCCAGUCGAGUGUGCAUUUUCCCAGCCAAGCUGUGUGUCCCGGAUAAAGCGAGAGGAGGAGCUAUGCAUCGAGGAGCAGGGGGCCUCGGAGGAGGGGGAGAUAUUCUCAGGGCCCAGCACUGCAGAUAAUGGAAUCAUGUUCAAAACUGAGCUGCUGGAGCAUGGGGAACAUCUCAAAAACUUGCAGCUGCAAAGGACAUUAUCUGGAAUGUCUGAAGAAAUUGUGGUCCAGACUCCCAGGGAGGGAAGGCCUUUGGAUCAUCCAGACAGCUCAAUAAUGCAGCAAAGGAACCAUGACAAGAACAGGCCGGUAGAGUCAGUGCCUGGGGAGGAAAGCUUCAGGGAAAGCAACACUGUACCUUUUUACCGGCGCAGCUGCCCAGAUUAUGCAAUUUCCCAAGCUGACAUUUUAUCCUGGAUUGUACAAGAGGAAAAGCCGAGUGUCAGGAAUCCAGGAGCCUUGGAGGAACGAGAAAUGCCUACGGACCCCCGCCCAGCAGAUUAUGGGAUCCUGAUCAAAACCGAGCAAGAGGAAUGCCCUGCCAUCCUGGAAGCACUUGGAACAUUGACAGGAACGUCCCAGGAGGACGUUGGGCAGAGUCCUGAAGAGGGUUGGUGCAGUGCAGUAUCCCCACUGAAGAACCACCCAGGAAGGAGGGGACCAGCUCAGCUUGAAAGAUGUUUUGGCAACAACAAGCCAGUCGCCAUUCACCAGAGAAAGUCUGCCAAAGACAGGCCUAAUAAGUGUGCCGAGUGUGGGAAAGGCUUUAGGCUAAAGAAAAGCCUUAUCAUUCACCAGAGGAGUCACACCAGAGCAGGACCCUAUGACUAUCCGAAAUGUGCAAAGGGCCUCUGUCACCUGCUGCACCAGAGAGUCCAUGCAGGAGAGGGAGCCAGCAGCUUGCCAGACCAUCAGCAAAGCGUGGCCCAGAUGCUCAGUCUCCAAGCUGACCCGGCAAGAGGCAGAUGCUGUCCAAGCACGGAAUGCGACAGCAGCUUCAGUCCGAACUCCAGCCUAAGCAAUCCUCAUCUCCUGCAGGCAGGAGAGCGGCUGUACGUGUGCACAGAGUGCAAGAAAAGUUUUCGGCUGCACAUCAACCUCCUCAUACACCAGAGAACCCAUGCAGAGAAGGGCCAAGGGCCUCUUAUCUGUCCAUACUGUGAGAAAUGCUUCAGCCGCUCUUCCCAUCUCAUCCGACACCAGAUGAGCCACACGGGGGAGAGACCCUAUAAAUGCCCAGCCUGCGAGAAGAGCUUCACGGAUAAAUCCAAGCUCACCAACCACUACAGGAUCCACACCGGGGAGCGGCCCUACCACUGCAACGAGUGCGGCAAGAGCUUCAGCCGCACGCACCAUCUCCUGAAGCACCAGCAGAUCCACACGGGCGAGAAGCCGUAUCACUGCACCCAGUGCCCAAAACGCUUCUCCCAGAAGCACCAUCUCCUGGGGCACCAGCGUGUUCACACUGGGGAGCGCCCCUACCAGUGCACAGAGUGCGUCAAAAACUUCACACGGAAGCAGCACCUCCGCGAGCAUUGGCGGGUCCACUUGAGAGAGACCCUGAGUGCUCCGAACACUUUAGACACCAGUGGACUCUGAAAUGUCACUUGGGAGAACAGGAUCAGCUGAGGGCCCGAGUAUUAACAGCAGGCUAGUCCGCGAAUGUGUUGGCAGCGGGGGGAGACUUAUAGGCUGGUAUCUCUUCACAAUGAAAGCGUCACGAACACAGAAAAAGGAACCCAUGAAGACGUGAAAGCAGGUACUGCAUCCAUCUUGCCUUCAGUGACCUGCGUGCCGGGGCUAGCGGUAUUGGACCCUUAACCUGCAGUGAAAUGUUUGUUAGUGUGCUGUAACGUUUACAAAGCAGUCCUUGUGCACCACUCGAUAUUGUUAUGACAAAGUGAUUCCGUGUAUUUGGUGUUCACUUGGUGAUUUCAGAUUGACGUGUAAAGGUUCCCUGUAUGUUU